UAGUUUUCACGUUCCUAUUACUAAAUAUUUUAUUUUGAUCCUGGUUAAAAUCGAUUCUUUUCAUCGUGUUUGUAUGCGAGUUAUUCAGAGUAUACGUCUUCCAAAUCGAAUUGAAGCCGCAUUAACUCUUAUAUGGAUACAAUGAAACAUUGAGCAUAAAGAAAUUGAAAUGGCGGACACUGAACGUGUGGAUAAGUUUCUUCGGUUGCGAGAGGCGUUGAAGGGCAAGGUCAAGGACAACCAGGUCAUGAAUCUUCUGUGUCACUGCAACUGGGGCGAUGAUGAAGCGCUGAGAGUCUUCACGGAAGAGCGUGAUGAAGCAGUCACUUUCAUGGGAGAACCUGACGACAAGCCUAUCAAUAUUGCUGACCUUGGGCGAGAUCAUUCCACUGAGAUUGAUUUCGAGGUGUAUGUUCGUCAGUUCAGCUGCAAGGGCUGCGAUCACAUGUGGUGGCGCCGAGUACGCGCCAAAAAGACGGUGUCGAAGUGUUUCAAAUGCAAACAGCGCUUCGAUGCUUUGCCACGAGACAAGGAGUACGGAUGGGCAAGGUUCAUUUGUACGGAUUCGGGUUGCGAACGGAAAUACAAUGCUUUCGGUGCGAUGGACAUCAGCUCAUUAGGUGCCGAUUUACAAGGGAAAAGUAAAAGCAUCUGCCGUGGCAAAAAUCAUCACUGUGGUAAUCUUUUAGAGCCGACGAUGAUCAUUCGUCCAAUGCGAGGCAGUAACAAGACGAAACGACGAAAUAACACCAAGGAGACACAUCAGUGCACAGCAUACAACUGUUUUAAUAGAAUUGCUGUAGGUCCAGGUAACCCAUUGGUACAAAUCUGCGUCCACCCUUGGUCACUUCCGCGCAUAGUGAUCAAAGCCAGCUCGGUGCACGCGGGCAAGGACCCACCUGUGUGGCCGUUCCUCGACCAGUCAGCCCUCGCCCCUCCCUGGGGAGACCCACCCUACAAUCCCCCGACAUUUGAGUGACCACGGCAUGCGGAUUUUUGUGGUGAUCGCUCAGUGCUUGAGUCAAAAUUAAUACGACAUGGAGCAGCAGACAUAUUUGUCUUAUUUUAUUUAUAAUAUUGUCCAAAUAUUCAGUUUUAAAUUGCGUGUCGAAAUUAUGAUUGCAUGGGUAAAUGUUUACAGAUAUAUAUAUAGUGUACGAAAAUAAAGCAAUAUUGGGACCUUCUAUGGUAUAGUUAAAUAAAAUGUUAUUCCAGUUCAAAAAAUUCUGUAAGCCAGUCAAAAAAUUAAGCAGUUUUCCGGAUUCGGGGGGAGGGUUAGGAGUGAUACAUGCGUAGCAUACAUUUGAACUUGGAAAACAAUGCCUAAGUUUAUCUGUUCUUUAUUUAUUCUAGAUUUAGGUAAAUUAUGAAAAGGAAAAAUUGACAACACCUGAGACCAGUAAUUAUCACAUAAGAGAACAUUAUAAGUGAAACCCUAGAUUACAGGUUUUAUGAUCAACAUAAUAAUUGACUAACUUAACAUGGUCAGUAAUUUUGGUAAGGCGCAAAACAACAUUUAUACAUAAACAAACAAUUCUUACAUACAAUUCAUGAAAAUGCAAUUUUCUUGCAAACUCUUCAUAAGCCGCUGGUCUUUGAUCGCCUCAUAAUUAUGUGUCAAUUUAUUGAUACGGCUAGUAAUUAUUUUACACCUUACACAUACAUCAUAACUUGUUUACCCAUUUCCCAAGUGCUUGCAAAAUUUCAUUACUGAGGAAAGUGGAGCACCGCCAAAAUUAAGCGUUCUAAAUAUCGCAGACAGUCAGUACGAACAUUUCAUGGAACGAAAUGUCCAGGUUUCACGUACGAAUACACUUCAUUUACUAUAGGCUGUCUUUCGAUGGUUAAACUUAGACUCGAAAAUAUUUGAACAGUUAACAGUAUAGCACGAAUUUGGAUGGCAAAAUGUGUUUUUACUUAACAUAAGAGUUCAAUAAAA